GGUUGAUGCUCUUGGCUGUAUGUCCUUGUGUUUAUGUACACCACGUUAUGGAUUACUUCUUUAAUACAUGUCAGGAGUGCUGUGACGUUUAUUUUUGCAUUAGUGUUGCAUUAGUGCGAUUAGCGCUCGCACGUAGUUCUUAUUGGUCGAUGCAAGGAUUCCCUCUCAUCAGGACAUCAGCACGUCUCGACAGUUCGGUCACACCGUCAGGAGUUGUCUCCCUGAGAUGUGUUCAGCCGAGGGAUGUUAUCUAGUCCUUUUUGUGGGAGAUUUUGAUUUUUUUUUCUUUCUUUUAAAGUAUUCCCACCACAUUCGUGUCAAAGGAGAAUAACAAAAUAUGGGGAAUACCGAGAGUUCGUUGGACGAGCUCUAUGCAAUCGAAAGUCAUCAGUGGUACAGAAAAUUUAUGACGGAAUGUCCGUCAGGACUUCUUACUUAUUAUGAAUUCAAGCAGUUCUUUGGAUUGAAAAAUUUGUCAGAGAGUUCCAACGCGUACAUCCAAUCGAUGUUCUCAACUUUCGACAUGAAUGACGAUGGCUUCAUGGACUUCAUGGAGUAUGUAGCAGCACUGAGUCUGGUGCUGAAAGGGGGCGUUCAGCAGAAGCUACGCUGGUACUUCAAAUUAUAUGAUGUUGAUGGCAGCGGAUGCAUUGAUCGGGAUGAACUGCACCUCAUCAUUAGGUCUAUCCAUGCCAUCAGUGGGACAGAUUACGAGAUGUCUGAUGAGGACUUCACUAACAUGGUGUUUGACAAAAUUGACAUCAAUGGCGAUGGUGAACUUUCUUAUGAGGAGUUCAUGGAGGGCAUCCAGAGUGACGAGAAGCUUCUGGAGAGAUUCACCCAGAGUCUGGAUCUCUCUCACAUCGUCACCAAGAUCCAUGGGGAUAUUAUGGCAAAAACAUAGACCAUACAGCCCAAUGGAUCAAGAGAGUGCCAAAAAUAGCCAAAGCUAUAGAGCAGCCUAGAGAAAGAGAGAGAGAGAGAGAGAGAUAGAUAUAUAGAGAGAGAGAGAGAGAGAGAGAGAGAGAAUAAAAAAUUGUUUAAAGGGGGCAAAUAAGGUUUGAGUGAAUUAACCAAAUUGGUGAACAGCACAUUUUAUGUAUGAAUUAACUGGUGUUAGGAAUGGUCUUGGUUCACAGUUAAUGCUUGGUUUCCACUAGUUGUCAAAAUAUGGUCAAGAAACACAGCUGGGAUCAGGCAAAGAUGGAUCCUUUUUAGAGAGCUGUUGACAUAAGUAUCGACAAAAUAAAUCAAACCUAUAAUGCGUGUUUUCUCUUAUGCAUUACCGUAUGAAACAGGUUCAAAUAACGAUCAAAACACUACAACACCCACAUCCACGCAUGAACAGACUCAAUAAUCUUUAAAUAUUCACUGCAAAGAAGAUGCCCCUUUAAAUUAUCAGCAUUGAAAGCCAUUGAAAGUGCACUUAGUUCUGCUGAAGUUGUACACAGUUGAAAUUGUGAAAUUGUGAAGUUACAUCGGACAUUACAGUGGAGGUUUUGCAGGCCUACCUUGUUUAUAUUGACAAGUGGCUGUUUGAGAUCAUAGUUUUUCUUGAAUAUGUAAAUAUUAUUUAUACCUGGUCAACACUUUCAAAGAAUAAAUUACUUUUUUUUGAUGAUUUAUUUUGAGAUCAUGUAAUGUU